AUGCAAUUUUCUUGCAUAAGAUCUAGGAUUGGAUUGGAUAAACGUGCAAGAAAUAUUGUGGUCAUUGAUCAUGUUACUUUCAAUACUUUUCCAAUUUCUCAUAAUUGUUUUAGUAUUGAGGCACAGCAGAAGAAUUUUGAUAGUGUUGAGGAAAAUCAUGUUGACAUCAUGGAAGAAUUGAGUAAAAGAGGGAUGCCACACGCUGAGCAUGAACUUGAAAUUAUUGAAAUGAACUACAAAAUCUUCUUCAUUUCUUCGUUCGUCUUAAGCUUCCUCAUUUCUGCCGUCGCCGCCGUUCGUUCCUUCCUCUUCAGUCGUCGUCGCCGCCGUUCGUUCCUUCCUCUUCAGUCGUCGCCGCCGCCGGUCAUUCCGUCUUUUCCACCUUGGUAA